AUGCGAUUUUCAGUUUCUUCCGUUCUGGUGUUGAGCCUCAUUUCAACCUCUGUGAAUGCGUUCGUAGUCAGAGAUGCUCCAGUCCAAACCACGGCUGUCAGACAUGGACAUACGAUCGAUCAAAUCCCAGAACCAACAGCUGGACCAGGAGAACAAGAGCUUCGAAGAAGACAAGCUGCUACACAGAGAACCUUAUUAGGAGCACCAGACAAUACUUGUGGAUACUUCAGUGGAUCUCAGCCAUGGGGAUGCUCGGCAGGAUCAGACUGCUUCUUUGCUACGCCUACUCCGCUGCCAGCAAAUAGCACGCAGACGCAGACCGCAGGCAGUGUUCUCUGCUGUGACCCCAAGACCGGAUGUCCCGCUGCACCAGCACCGACUGCAUGUGUUGACCGAGGACGAAAUGACUACAACAAGACUUGUACAGGAAGCUGCCCCACAGAUUCGAUGACCCUGAAGUGCACAUCAGGGAUCUACCUCUAUUGCAACACCCUAACUUUCGCCGCUCCAUCAGUUUCAGCCCUAUUCUGCAACUACCUUUCAACCUACGACAUCCUAUCCGCAACCGCUGCCCAAACACUGACACCGACAGUAGUAAAAUUCGCCGUCGUGCCAACAACCUCCACCAAAGUCUUAAGCAAAACCUCUAGCACAACUUCUUAUUCUCCAACAGCAACUGAUAAUUCCGUGCCUACGUCUGGUGGUAAGAGUACUUCUAGAAAAGACAAGAUAAUUGGUGGUGUGUUGGGAGGUUUGGCUGCGUUGGCGUUGAUUGCUUUCUUGGUGAUUUUGUUUUUGAGGUGGAGGUAUGCUGAGGAGGAAGUGGAGCCGGCGAAGAAGUAGAAGAAGUGUUAGAGUGUGAAGUCGAAUGAUGGGAAGAGGUUAAGAGUUGUUGGUUGAGUGGUACUCGGGGCUUGGAUGAGAAAAGCUGAAAGAACCGAAGACCUAAGAUUCUUGAUAUGCGUUUCAGUCACAUAAUUGGGUAACGAUAUAUUGGCUGGAUCUUGAACUCAAUGUAUAAUGCGGAAGUCCUCAGGUCUUACAGAACAUUUCAAAG